GGCGUGCCCUUGAGGAGGGCGGCGGCGGCGCGGGGCUCUCUCCUCGUGUUAGGCGUUGAGCCCCCGCUGCCGCCGCGACCGCCACCGGUGCCGCCUUUGCCGUUGCCUCUGCUGCCUCUGCCCCCGCGGUCGCCCCUGCCCGGCCCGGCCCGGCGUCGGGGUGAUCCCUGCAGGCAUGUAGAAGUUCCUGAGCCAUGGAUCAGAUCUGUGCCACAGCAGUGACAUAAGCUGCCGCAGUGACAACACCGGAUCCUUGACCCACUGCGCCACCAGAGAACGCCUCAAAUGUCUCUUUUUAUAGGCGCCCGCUGGUGUCCCUGGAGCAUGGGAGGCUGCUGAGCUUGGCCGGUGGUGUCUGGCAGGAGCUGCGUGUCUCACCCCGUGGCAGGGAGGGCGUCCAUGGCUGCAGCCAACAAGGGCAACAAGCCCAGAGUCCGGAGUAUCCGCUUUGCAGCAGGCCAUGAUGCAGAAGGCUCCCAGAGCCACGUCCACUUUGAUGAGAAGCUGCAUGACUCCGUGGUCAUGGUCAGCCAGGAGAGUGAGAGCAGCUUUCUGGUCAAGGUUGGCUUCCUGAAGAUCCUGCACAGGUAUGAGAUUACCUUCACUCUGCCCCCAGUGCACAGGCUGAGCAAGGAUGUCCGAGAGGCACCUGUCCCCAGCCUGCACCUCAAGCUCCUCAGCGUCAUGCCCAUCCCAGAAGGUUACAGCGUCAAGUGUGAGUACUCGGCGCACAAGGAGGGCGUCCUCAAGGAGGAGAUGCUGCUGGCCUGUGAAGGUGGCACCGGCACCUGCGUGCGGGUCGUGGUACAGGCACGCGUCAUGGACCGACACCACGGCACACCCAUGCUGCUAGAUGGUGUCAAGUGCGUGGGUGCUGAGCUUGAAUACGACUCGGAGCACAGUGAUUGGCACGGCUUCGACUGAGGCCCGCGCCCCCGCCUGCCUUGGGGCCCCUCAGCCUUAAACCCCACCUCCUCUCUCCGAAUGCUGCGUGAUGGUGUAGCUUCCGCACCCCUCCCUGGGGUGGGCGUGGAGGUGGAGGGUCCAAGGGCCUCCAAGCCAGAGCCCUGCCCACACCUCUCACCUCACAUGUGUGCCACCUCCCUGCCUCCCCAGCGUCCUCCUCUCCCACUUCCUCCUCUCGGCGUGCCUCAGUCUCCUGCCGGAAGAAAUGGGUUGAGCCCCCAGGGAGGCUAUCUGAGGAGGGAUGGGGGAGAGCCUGGGGCUGGUUUUACCAACCAUCCUCCCCAAGCCAUAGGGGCUCCUGCCAGGGCCUGGGAGAGGAGGGAGCUGGCUCUGUGGCAUAGCUGCCCCCAGUAUUGCUGCUGCUGUCUCGCUUUGGCCACCUCUCCUGUCCCCUCCCUCUUUUCCACUGCUGUCCAUGGUGAGUAGGAGGGAGGUGCGGUCCCCAGCCCCUACUCCCCAGGUCUGUGUUACUUGGUUUUUAAAUGACUGGUUGGGCUAAAACCCUAAAGAAAUAAAACUUCCAUUGGACACCA